CGCUCCCACUUCGUGCUCGGUUGCUUGACCAGAAGGCGGAGCUCAGGCCAAUAAAUUCCUCUUUCAAGGCAACGGUGAGCUCAGUUGUAGUGCUCAGGUUAGCGGGGAUAAACACACGUUGUUUCUUACGUUAUAUUACGGUCGAACCAUCGUUUCUCGAUUGGACUUAAGUUAGUAACGGACCUAUAUAAGGUUGCAGUAUCACCUGGGGGUUAAGUCGAAGAAGAAAACCGGCAUACGAACGGUGCUCCAGAGAUCAAAAUGAAACGUGUCUCCUUACUUUGCCUGUAUGCACUGGUGACCCUUUGCACCCAUAAGGGUGUGCUGUCCGCAGCCCCCUCGUACGGCGAACGCGGCUCUGAUCUGGGCAUACAGGUGUUCCAGCAAGUAGUCCGAUCAAAGCCUCUAGAGAACGUGGUGCUUUCACCCCAUGGAGUGGCUUCGAUCCUCGGCAUGCUGCUGCCUGGAGCCCAGGGGGACACAAGGAAGCAAAUCAUCAGUGCACUGCGUUACAAGAAAAAUGGUCCUUAUAAGAUGUUGAAGAAGCUGCACAAAACCCUGACGUCCAAGUCAAACCAGGACCUUGUGCAGAUUGCCAACGCCAUGUUCAGCCACAACAGUUUCCCAAUGGAGGAGACCUUUAUGGCCACCAAUAAAGCAAACUUCCAGUGUGAGAGCCGGAGCCUGGACUUCAGCAACCCCACUGCAGCAGCUGAUUAUAUCAAUCAUUGGGUCAGCAAUAAGACCAAAGGCCACAUCACCAACUUGAUCAACGCGGACAUGCUGGAUUCGACUCUGACCCGUCUGGUCGCUCUCAACUCGAUCUACUUCAAAGGCUCGUGGAAGUCGGGUUUCCAGCCCAACAACACUAAGAUGAGGCCUUUCACUGGCGGUGAUGGAAAUGCAUACAAAGUUCCAAUGAUGUCCCAGCUGACCAUCUUUAACAUAGGCAUAGCCACCACUCCUCAGGAGGUCAAAUACCGGGUGAUUGAGCUGCCUUACCAUGGCAACACCAUCAGCAUGCUGAUCGUCGCCCCGGUUGAUGACGCGCCUCUGUCCAGCAUCAUUCCACACAUCAGCACAGCCACUGUGCAGAGCUGGGCCAAGCUCAUGCACAUGAAGAAAGUUCGCCUAUUCAUCCCAAAGUUUUCUGUAGAUGCAGAGGUAGACUUGAAAGCGCCUCUCUCUGCGUUGGGAAUCUCAGACAUGUUCAGUCAGGAUGCAGCCGACUUCACACACCUCAGUACCGAGCCGGUGUACGUAUCCAAGGCCCUGCAGAAAUCCAAAAUCAUUGUAAAUGAAGAAGGGGCGAAGGCAGCAGCUACCACCACUGCUAUCUUGAUGGCUCGCUCCUCUCCCCCUUGGGUGACUUUGGACAUACCUUUUCUGUUCCUCAUCAGACAUAACCCAACAGGGACCAUUCUGUUUAUGGGUCAGAUCAACCAACCAUGAAGCCCACCUUCAGUUCCUGUUAGCUCAUCUAGCAGCACCUGAUAUGCUUACACACUGUAAUGCAUGAACACACAAGCACACAGAUGUGCUAUGGUUGUUGACUUAUGAACAAUGUGGACAUAUAUUUGUCUUAAAUAUUGCUUUUUAUGUUGAUUUUCUGCAACACAUAACAUGCUUUCCAACAUGUUUUUGCAGACUAAGUUUUCCUGCUGUUUUAAUUUUUUGGUGUACUUUUUUGGCUUUAUCCCUUUUUUAAAUGACUUUAAAUGUCACAUGUGUAAUUUCUUAACUCUGGAGUAUGAUGAUCUUUUUAUUUAUGGUGUCUCUGUUUCAGUUUAAACUUUUCUAUCUCGAGUCAUGUAACUCCGGUUUGCCUGUUUCCCUCUUUCGUUACGGUGAUAUCAAGACUUAAAGAGUGCAUUAUUGCCCUUUUUAAAAGUUGUUUUCUCCUUACCGAGAAGAUCUUCUGUUCCUUCACAUGUGGAAACAAAAUUCAACUACAUAAAUUUAUAACGUCA